ACACGAGUGAAUUGAUUAUUUCGGUUCUCUCACUUUGCUAUCUGAUGGCACGCCGAGGAUAAUGGCGUCUCAGGAUGGGACUGCAGAUGAGAAGUCGGAUGCGCCGAAAGGCGAAGAGGACUUUGAAACGCUGAAAUAUCAGUUGCUGGGGCCCUCUUUAACCAAAGCGGGCCAGGACACAGUUGAUCAGCAAAAGGUAUCAGAAAUUAUCUAUAAUGCUUCAAAAGGAUCAAAAUUCUUUGAUCAUGAACAAGAACGUGACCGCAAUCUUACAGUCAAGAUCCAGCGUAUCCUCAAAGAAAAAGCUCGGCUGGAAAAGCUGGACUUGAGUCAUGACCUUCGCAAAGCAGACGAGUAUCUUGCCGAACUCGAGCUGAGCCGUGAUCUAUCCCAAUACAUCAUCCAUGUGGAUUGCGAUGCCUUUUUCGCGGCCGUCGAGGAACUUGAUCAUCCAGAGCUCAAGACGGUCCCCAUGGCGGUCGGGAAAGGUGUGCUCACUACGUGUAACUACGAAGCGAGGAAAUUUGGAGUGCGCAGUGGUAUGGCUUCCUUCGUUGCGAAGAAGCUUUGUCCAGAGCUGGUUCUCCUACCGCAAAACUACGAGAAAUAUACAGCCAAGGCGAAGGAGAUCCGCGAAAUUAUGGCACAGUACGACCCUCUAUUUGAGAGUGCCAGCAUCGACGAGGCAUACUUAAAUAUCACAGCAUUCUGCUCGGAAAACGAGCUCGACCCGGAGGAAGCUGUACAGCGUAUGCGCGCCGAGAUUCUGGAAAAUACAAAGGUUUCGGUAUCCGCGGGAAUCGCUGCCAACGCCAAAAUAGCAAAGAUCUGCUCGAACAAAAAUAAGCCGAACGGACAAUUCCGAGUGCCCAAUGACCGGGCCGCGAUCAUGGAGUUUAUGCGAGAGCUACCAGUUCGCAAGGUGAAUGGAGUCGGUCGAGUAUUCGAACGAGAGCUGGACUCGAUUGGCAUCAAGACGUGUGGAGACAUCUACCCGCAACGUGCUCUAUUGACCAAACUCUUUGGCGAGAAAGCAUUCCAGUUUCUAGCGCAGUGUUACCUUGGUCUCGGACGAACGAAGAUUGAGCCUGUUGAGACCCAUGAACGAAAGAGUGUAAGUACAGAGACUACAUUUCAUGCCAUUGAAGACAAGGAGGAGCUUCGUAAGAAGCUACGGUGGGCAGCAGACGAGCUGGCCCAGGAUCUAGCUCGAACGCAGUUCAAGGGUCGUACACUUUGCUUGAAAGUGAAACUUCAUACAUUUGAAGUUCUCACCCGACAAACCGCGCCACCGCGGGCUGUUUCCCGAGCAAAUGACCUUUAUGCAUUCGCCUUGCCCAUGCUGGUGAAACUAGAGAAGGAAAUUCCGAGCAUGAAGCUACGACUCUUGGGGUUGCGAGUAUCAAACCUAGUCAGCACCAAGAAAGCCGGGAUCAACUUCUUUGGAGUGCCGACGCAGCCAAAGUCUAUCCCUGCUGAGAAUCCCGAGCCAAAUGCACCAUUGUCCGAUGCCAAUGCGGAGCACGAUAUUGGAGCCGAAGAGGCCUUCGAGGACGCUGCUCGCCAGGAAAAGCAAGAUGAGAUGAACGACCUAGAGCAACUAAGUCAAGAGGCAGCUGAUUUUUCAGUGACUCCAGACCCUUCAGGUUCUGGUCGUACCGAGACCAUUGAGAAGUUUCCGGUGGAAUCGGCCGGCCCCCAGCCUGAGCAGUGGGAGUGUCCCAUCUGUGGACGACCGCAAGUCGCGGAAGAUCGAGUCUUCAACGAUCAUGUGGACUUUUGUCUCUCUAAGCAAACCAUUCGUGAGGUCGCGCAGGAUACCUCCCACGAAGUGGCCUCGGUACCUUUCAACAAGAAGCGCAAAAUACCAGCUCAGCAGUCGCCUGCAGACUUUGACCCACGACAGAAACGUCUUUUCUUCAGUUGAAACUCCCUUCUAUCCCUCGGGUUUAGAGGCACCAUUCCCUCGGCCUCGAGAGAUACAGAUCUUCCUGUGCUUGGCGGACUGUCAUGAAGCCCAUCGUCCGCCACUGGCUCCGAACGCAUCCCUUUGCCCCUUAGCAAUCCUGUAUAUAGAAUAUUAAAGCAACAAGCAACAAUAGAGCCACAUUGACCAUGUCUCCCGUCCUUUCCAG